GGCAACAUUGGAAAACACCGGUCGGAAUCCUGUAUCUAUCUUUCGCCUAUCAUCGUUGAAUCGAAGCACACAUUCAUCGCUUCUUGUUCCUUUUCUAAACCCAACACCGUACCCUUUACUUCUCUUUCUCUUCGAUCCACCGCGUGCCUGCUCCUCUGCUUCAGGCACCUACUCUCGUAGAUUAGGUUAAAUGGCGAGGAUCAAACCUCAGGCUCUGCUGCAGCAAAGUAAAAGGAAGAAGGGUCCUUCUCGCAUAAGUGCCACGACUAUCAUAUUUUACUUUUUGAUUCUUGCCUUGAUUGGCUUUUUCCUUUUUGCUUCGUACAGACAUUGGUCCAGCAGGUCAAGGUUGCAGUCUGAAAAUCACUUGUCAGUUUCCCAGGGCGAAAAUACUUUUGGAGGGGAGUCAAAGAAAUCUGAUCUGCCUGGAUAUGCUGUCUUAAAUACCUCUAAAGGUUCUAUAAUAAUAAAACUGUACAAGGAAAGUGCUCCUGAAGUUGUUGACGAAUUCAUUGACUUAUGUCAAAAAGGGCAUUUCAAGGGGAUGCUUUUUCACCAAGUAAUUAAGCACUAUGUGAUUCAGGCAGGGGAUAACCAAGGAACUGGAGCUGCUGAAGAUUGGAACUUGAGAGGAAAGCAACAUACUAUUUCUAGUAUGAAACAUGAAGCAUUCAUGCUUGGAACUUCCAAAGGCAAACACAACAACAAAGGAUUUGAUCUUUUCAUAACUACUGCACCGAUACCAGAUCUAAAUGAGAAACUUAUUGUGUUUGGGCAAGUCAUCAAGGGAGAGGAUGUUGUUCAGGAAAUUGAAGAAGUGGAUACAGAUGAACAUUACAAACCUAAAAUAUCUAUUGGGAUACUGGAUGUGACUCUUAAACAGAAGGUCUGAAGGCUCUUUGCUAGAUCAAGAUCUUGAUGAGCUGUGAUAUUUUGCAGAUAACCUGUUUUGGUACACUGGUCAUACCUUUUGUACAGGGAUGAACCUUGAGAGUUUCACCUAGCGUGCAUCUAUCAAGUGUCCGAGGCAUCAUGUUGUUUUUGCUAUUGAAUUUUUAGUUAACACCAGGAUUAUGCAAUCUCCUUUUCUUAACUUCUGUCUUUUGACUUUUUCUUUGAAAAAAUUGGGGGGGUUAGAUUUAUAGGCAGGGUUUUUCAUUUUGCUUGUAAGGUUUGGUAAUAUCACAUUUUUCAUUUUCAUUUUGGCAUUACUCUUCAUUUGUAACCUCAGAGAGAUCACAUGAUCACUUCCCUAUGCUGUUCACAUUUCAUGUGUGUUGUGUUUCCAUUGAUUGAUAUGGCCAAUUUGUUGGUCACUCAGAAUGGUAAGCUUUGUAAGUCACAUUUCAAUUUGGUUAUAAAAGCCAUACUUGUUUAAUUACAUUAA